AGCACAAUGUUGUAAGUGUAAUAAAUGAUGCACUGCAGCCCUGAAUCGUGGUCCAUACACGUGUAGAGUCAAUUUGAGGAUAGAUAGUCUGUAGGGUCAGCACAGUAGCAAAGGCGUUGUUAGUUGGAUCGAAAUUUCGUCUCUGGCCAAAGGUCUUGUAAACUGUUUUCGUCAUCGACGAUUUGGUUUGAAGGGCAGCUCUGGCUGAAGAAUACUUUGAUACCAGAGCACAAUGAUGAAGUACAUCCUGGUAACCGGAGGAGUCAUCUCAGGCAUUGGCAAAGGCAUCAUUGCGAGCAGUGUGGGCACAAUCCUGAAGUCAUGCGGCCUGCGUGUAACUGCCAUCAAGAUUGACCCUUACAUCAACAUAGAUGCGGGCACAUUUUCACCCUAUGAGCAUGGGGAAGUGUUUGUGCUGGAUGACGGGGGUGAGGUGGACUUGGAUCUGGGGAACUACGAACGCUUCCUCGACAUCCGGCUGACCAGAGACAACAACCUGACCACCGGCAAGAUCUAUCAGUCCGUCAUCAACAAAGAGAGGAGGGGAGACUACCUGGGCAAGACCGUGCAGGUGGUGCCACAUAUCACAGAUGCCAUCCAGGAAUGGGUUGUGAAACAGGCCGGAGUACCAGUUGAUGACGAUGAUGUAGAACCUCAAGUUUGUGUAAUAGAGUUAGGAGGCACUGUUGGAGACAUAGAGAGUAUGCCUUUCAUCGAGGCCUUCAGGCAGUUCCAGUUUAAAGUGAAGAGAGAGAACUUCUGUAACAUUCACGUCAGUCUGAUACCACAGCCCAGUGCAACAGGAGAGCAAAAGACCAAACCAACACAGAACAGCGUCAGAGAGCUGAGGGGACUGGGUUUGUCCCCAGAUCUGAUCAUGUGUCGCUGUUCCACCGCUCUGGAGAACUCUGUCAAAGAAAAGAUCUCAAUGUUCUGCCAUGUUGAACCAGAGCAGGUCAUCUGUGUGCACGACGUGUCGUCCAUCUACAGAGUACCGUUACUGCUGGAGAAUCAGGGCGUGGUGGGCUACCUGAGCAGGAGACUGAACAUGCCCAUAGAGACUCGACCCAGGAAGAUGCUGACUAAGUGGAAGGAGAUGUCUGACAGGUCAGACAGACUCCUGGAGCACUGCUCUAUAGCACUGGUUGGGAAGUACACCAAGUUUUCCGACUCCUAUGCUUCUGUUAUCAAGGCACUGGAGCACUCAGCCCUGGCCAUUAGUCAUAAAUUGGAAGUAAAGUAUAUAGACUCAGCGUAUUUGGAGCCGAGCACUCUGCAGGAGGAACCGGUGAAAUACCACGAGGCAUGGCAGAAACUCUGCAGUGCUGAUGGCAUCCUGGUUCCAGGAGGUUUUGGUGUCAGAGGAACUGAAGGAAAGAUUCAUGCCAUCAACUGGGCCAGGCAACAGAAAAAACCUUUUCUAGGUGUGUGUCUUGGAAUGCAGUUGGCUGUCUGUGAAUUUGCCAGGAACAUGCUCGGCUGGAAAGAUGCCAACUCAACUGAAUUUGACCCAGAAUCAAAGCAUCCUGUGGUGAUCGAUAUGCCGGAACACAACCCCGGGCAGAUGGGCGGAACUAUGAGACUAGGGAAGAGACGGACCAUCUUCAAGACUAACAACAGUGUAUUGCGCAAACUUUAUGGAGAUGCAGAGUAUGUGGAUGAAAGGCACCGACAUCGCUUUGAGGUCAAUCCUGAGCUCAAGAGUCACUUUGAAGAGAGAGGCUUCCGCUUUGUAGGUCAAGACGUCGAAGGGGAAAGAAUGGAGGUCAUAGAGCUGGAUGAUCAUCCAUAUUUCGUUGGAGUGCAGUACCACCCUGAAUUUACCUCUCGCCCCAUUAAGCCAUCACCCCCCUAUCUUGGUUUGCUGCUGGCCGCUGCCGGGAAGCUGCAGAGCUACUUGCAGAAGGGCUGCCGUCUGUCGCCACGGGAUACAUACAGCGAUCGGAGCGGCAGCAGCACCCCAGACUCUGAGAUAGAGUUGAAGUUGCCUUCCAUCUCAAAUGAAGGACUUUAAGAGUUCUGGACUCCUUAUCACUGACCACAAGCUGCCAUGAACACUUGAUGAGCUAGUACCACCAGCUGUAUACUGUUAUGCCCUUCUUGUAAAUACAUACUGUUACAACCUGUUGGAGUUUAUUGAAGAUGGAAUACAAUAAAAAGGAAUUGCAAACAUAA